AAUCAAAGUAAAACAAACUAAACGACCAUAUAAAUAAAUAAAAUUUAAAAAAAUAAAACCAUUAUGGCGAACACUGCACAACUUUUGCGACGACAAAGCUCGCGCGACAUCGUGCUGAAGAGUCAGAAGAGCAUUGACCAUAUGGAAUUACGGGAAAUGCGUGGUCGUCUUGUACCCAAAGAACACCAUGGCAGUGGGACACAUCAUCAUCACCCCCACCAUCAUCAGCCACCUAUGUAUGGUGCAACCAAUCAAGCAUUUCUGGGUGAUGCUUUUGAUGAAUCGACCGAAUUGGAACCGGACGGCUUCGGUGCAGAGGCGAGUACCAGUAAAUCAAAAGCUGAAUUGGCAGCGGCAGUUUCGGCCACAGUUGAAGCAGCAGAAGAGGACAUUGUCGAGGGCGGCAAGGAGGGUGAUGAGCGCGAAAGUUGGGACAAUAAAAUCAUGUUUCUGCUAGCUACUAUAGGCUAUGCCGUUGGCCUGGGUAAUGUCUGGCGUUUUCCCUAUUUGGCGCAAAAAAAUGGCGGUGGUGCCUUUCUUGUGCCCUAUUUCAUAAUGUUGUGCAUACAGGGAUUGCCGAUAUUCUAUCUAGAAUUGGCUGUAGGCCAACGACUGCGCAAAGGUGCGAUUGGUGUGUGGAGUCAGGUUUCGCCCUAUUUAGGCGGCAUUGGCAUUUCAUCCGCAGUUGUCAGCUAUAUAGUGGCUUUGUAUUAUAAUACCAUAAUUGCCUGGUGCCUCAUAUACUUGUUGCAUAGUUUUGAGUCACCUUUGCCGUGGGCCGAUUGCCCCACACGCCUCUAUGCCAAUUAUACUUAUGACCAUGAGCCGGAAUGUGUGGCCUCUUCGCCCACACAAUUUUACUGGUACCGCACCACACUUCAAUGCUCCGAAAGCGUCAAUGAGCCGGAAAACUUUAAUUAUCACAUGGCUAUAUCGUUAAUUGUUUCAUGGUUUCUUGUUUACAUUUGUAUGGUGCAGGGCAUUACGUCGUCCGGUAAAAUUGUCUAUAUGACAGCAAUAUUUCCAUAUGUGGUGCUCAUUAUAUUCUUCUUUCGCGGCAUUACACUGAAAGGCGCUUCAGAGGGCGUUGCUCAUCUCUUCACGCCACGUUGGGAAACACUACUGGAUCCUGUUGUGUGGUUGGAGGCUGGCACGCAGAUUUUCUUCUCCUUAGGUCUUGCCUUUGGCGGUUUAAUCGCGUUUAGUUCUUACAAUCCUGCCAACAACAAUUGUUAUCGCGAUGCAAUUUUGGUUUCUCUCACAAAUUGCGGCACUUCUAUGUUUGCUGGAGUUGUCGUUUUUUCCGUGAUCGGCUUCAAGGCCACAUCUACAUUCGAUCGUUGCAACGAAGAACGACAAGAUCUAAUUGCGCAAAAUAAAACGACGAAUUUGCCAAUUUGUGAUCUCGAAAAAGAGUUGGCGAAUAGCGCUUCGGGUACCGGAUUGGCAUUUAUUAUAUUUACUGAAGCUAUCAAUCAAUUUCCUGGCGCACAGAUAUGGGCGGUGCUCUUCUUUCUUAUGCUCUUCACACUCGGCAUUGACUCACAGUUCGGUACACUGGAAGGCGUUGUAACCUCGCUGGUCGAUAUGAAAUUGUUUCCGAAUCUACCAAAAGAAUGGAUUGUGGGUGGCCUCUGCUGUUCCUGCUGUUUGAUCUCGAUGUGUUUUGCUAAUGGCGCUGGCAGCUACAUAUUUCAAUUGAUGGACAGUUUCGCUGGCAACUUUCCACUUCUGAUCAUUGCACUUUGCGAAUGCCUUUCGAUCAGUUAUAUAUACGGUGUUAGAAGAUUUUCCGAUGACAUUGAAAUGAUGACUGGUUCUCGGCCUGGCUUAUAUUGGAUGUUUUGCUGGAAAUAUCUCUCUCCUUGCGCUAUGAUUACCAUCUUGCUAGCGUCUUUCUAUCAGUUACUUACCGAGGGCAGCAGUUACCCAGCUUGGAUAGCGGCUAAAGGGCUCACCGAACAACUCGAAUGGCCACACUGGUGUAUUGUCAUCGCAUUUUUCCUGAUACUCUCGUCAAUAUUAUGGAUACCAAUCGUAGCGAUAUUAAGGCUUUGUGGCAUAAAAGUGGUAGAAGAUUCCGAUCCCGCUUGGUUUCCAGAAGCAGAACUGAAAGAGGUUCACGGCAUUGUGCCGCAUGAGCCGACAGAAAUCGAACGUUCGAUAUUCUGUUACAAUAUGGACGGUACAGAGGGCAUGUGUUGUCCGAAAUAUGGCUUGCCAGAAAAAUCGCUCGAAGAAGAGGAGUAAAUAAACAAAGAACCAAAAGGCGAGAAAACUAGAAACUACUAAACAUUAUAAAAAAAAAGAAAAUACAACAAAAGAAAGUGCUAAAAAGUGAAUUUCUUCCAAAGCACGCACUGAAAAUUAUAAGAAACCGUCGAAGAAAACAAAUCAGAGUGAAACAAAAUUAAAAAAAAAAAACAAAGACGAAAAGAAAAAAAAUAUAUAUUAAACAUACAUACAUAAAAAUACCUAUAAAUAAUUUAACGAAAACUGUUAAGAAGCGAACAGCAGACUACUUCAGCAACAAAAAAAAAAUGCAUAUUUGGUGUUCCGGUGGUCAAAGUGGUUUGGAGACUCAACUAUACAAUAAUAUGUUAAGUACUAAAAUAUGUAUAUUAUAUACAUACAUAUACAUAUAUGCCUACCUAUAUACAUAUAUAUAUCUAAAUAUAAUGAGUAAGCUAAGAAGCACUACUUCUAAAGACAAUAAUUUAAAAGACAAAAAGAAACAUGAGUUCAUAAGUUUAAAAAACCAAAUUCCACUUGUAAAUAAACGUACAUCAAA